GAGGAUGUUCGAGAGAACUGGAAUGCUGUCGGCCAGCAGGUGAAGGAGCGUUUGGAUCAACUGGAAAAAAUUAUUGCAGCCACAGACGAACUGAAGACACUGGAACGCGAUUUAGACAGGUGGAUGUCACGCACCGAGACAGAGCUAGCGUCCGCACUUGGCCUCUUCUCUGACCCCUCCGUCUCCGCGGCAGAACGCAAAUCGGCAAUACAGGUGAGUGCACAGUGCCGUUCAUACGUACAUUAG